AUGGUCCGCGAUUCUCCAAUCGAAGGAUACGCCAUCGUCCCGAUGGAAUGGACAGGGAAGCCUCAUCCGGACAAGCCAGAGGUCACCUUCAAGGGGGCCCUCCAGGUAGCUUCACAGCCAUACUCGUCGACUGACAACCUCCAGGAAGUGAUGACUCAAAUCCGCGAUGUCAACCCCGAGUUCGUCGCCAGUCCCGGCCAAAAGAAUAGCGGCCUCAGUGCCCGCAACAUCGAGGAAAGAAACAAGGUCAGUCACCCUAUCUCCUCUCCCCUUAAUGGCCGGCAAAUCGAGGAGGCGACUGGAAAGUAG